GCUUUUCAAGCGCCGCAAUGUAGAGCUUGUUUCUGAAGAAGCGUCCAUGUAUGAUGGGCCUUUGAUGGAUUCCUAUGUCAGCUCCACCAAUGUUGGGGAUGGAGUAAUUACCCGUGAGAUGGUUGGAUUAUUGCUGUCUGAUGACCCUGACCUGCAAUUGGCGACUACCCAAAAAUUCCGAAAGCUAUUAUCUAAAGAGCCAAACCCCCCAAUAGACGAAGUGAUCAAUGCUCCUGGUGUGGUAGAGCGCUUUGUGGAUUUCCUUAAGAAGAGUGAAAACUAUACACUACAGUUUGAAGCUGCAUGGGCCUUAACAAACAUUGCUUCUGGUACUUCACAACAAACAAAGAUAGUGAUAGAAGCAGGAGCUGUGCCAAUCUUCAUCCAGCUGCUAAACUCCGACUAUGAAGAUGUGCAGGAGCAGGCUGUGUGGGCUUUGGGGAACAUUGCAGGUGAUAGCUCUGUGUGCCGAGACUACGUGCUCAGCUGUGAUAUCCUUCCUCCCCUACUUAUUCUGCUUACCAAGUCAACUCGUCUCACCAUGACCAGGAAUGCUGUCUGGGCCUUGUCUAACUUGUGCCGAGGGAAGAAUCCACCUCCAGACUUUGACAAGGUGUCUCAGUGUCUUCCUGUGCUAUCACGGCUCCUGUUCAGCAGUGACUCUGACCUGUUAGCAGAUGCGUGCUGGGCUUUAUCGUAUCUUUCGGAUGGUCCCAAUGAGAAGAUACAGGCAGUAAUUGACUCUGGUGUCUGCCGCAGGCUGGUGGAACUCUUAAUGCACAAUGAUUACAAGGUGGCCUCACCUGCAUUGAGAGCCGUUGGAAACAUUGUCACAGGAGAUGAUAUACAGACCCAGGUCAUCUUAAACUGCUCUGCUCUCCCUUGUCUGUUACAUCUUCUAAGCAGCCCGAAGGAGUCUAUUCGCAAAGAGGCCUGCUGGACCAUUUCCAACAUCACUGCUGGGAAUAGAGCCCAAAUUCAGGCUGUUGCCGAUGCCAAUAUCUUUCCAGUGUUGAUUGAGAUUUUACAAAAAGCUGAAUUUCGAACCCGAAAAGAAGCUGCAUGGGCAAUAACAAAUGCCACAUCUGGGGGCACACCAGAGCAGAUUGGGUACCUGGUGAACCUGGGCUGUAUUAAGCCACUUUGUGACCUCCUGACUGUCAUGGAUUCUAAAAUAGUGCAAGUAGCUCUAAAUGGACUGGAAAACAUCCUACGACUUGGGGAGCAAGAGGCAAAGCAGGGGGGCAAUGGCAUCAACCUGUACCGUGGGCUGAUUGAAGAAGCAUAUGGUCUGAAUAAAAUUGAGUUCCUGCAGAGCCAUGGGAAUCAGGAAAUUUACCAGAAAGCUUUUGAGUUGAUGGAACAUUACUUUGGAGUGGAUGAGGAUGACGCUCAACUUGUCCCAUCUGUGGAUGAUUCUCAACAACAGUACAUUUUCCAACAAACAGAAGCCCCUAUGGAGGGAUUCCAUCUGUGAGCCAGGACCCUUAGGACAAUCGCAGAAUUCUAUCUCCACAGGUCCCUUUCAUUGUGUGGAGAGCGAAGUCAGGGAAGCAGCCAUUCACGCUGAAGUCAAGUUGUUAUACAUGGUUUAAUAGGACCGUUUCACCUCCUCUUACACAUGCUUGUUCAUGCAAAGAAAGCUGUGAUUCUAAUGGCUGUGUGAAUGCCUGAGUUUAAACUCCAUCAGCUCAACCUUAUGCUGCUUUUCCCAGGGUUUGUGUGUAAAACACAUACUGGUCCCUGGUGCGGAACUUUUUCUGCUUUCUUAGAUUCUUUACAUUUGUUUUGGGUUGAUUUAAAAUGGACAUGCAGAAUCUAAAACAGAGUUAAAUGCGGUGAGCAUAUGUACCUUUUUUGCAGGGGGGAAGAGGAGCAAAAGGAAUUGUACAUCUAUUUUGUUUUUUUCUUUUUUGAUGAAAAAUUAUAGUGGUAUUUAAGUAUAACAAGGAAUAAAUAAGUAAUAUGGCAAAAAGGCAGUGGGUAGUGGUGAUAAGGCUGAAGCAGUAAUUUAUUCCACCGUUAUACAGACUUCUCAGCAAUCACUCUAAUAUGUCUUGAAUAUGGCGUUUAAAUGUCACGUCGGUUGACGUUUUAUCAGGAGCUACCUCGUCAGACUUGUAACACUUUGUUAUCCUCUAGUACAAGCUUCUGAGUGCCUUAUAGCAUUAUCUGCCUCCUAUAACACAGGUGGACCUGCCACUUGACCGUGGUAGAGACAACCGUUUAUUGAGUUGAACCAGUAUUCGUGUAAAUGCAGUGGGAAUCACGGAAGCACUUUAGUCACUGGUUCCUAGUGAAAUGUUCUACCUUUCAAUAAAUAUUGAGUUAGUACAUGGUAAUGCUUGGGGACCAGCGGUGAGCUCCUAUUUGAUCACAUGGUUUUGGAAUCCUGCAUCUGGUUUGUGCCUUCCCAGCAGUGUUAUAAACACCCUACUACUGUAGUUCAUGCUCCUCUAUACAUUGUGACUGUAGCCCGGACUGGUGUCAAUUGCAGAAAGAUAUAUAUCUACUUGAAUUAAACAAAUACUUAGCAGGC